UUGAACGGCCUAGCUCUAAUAGGCCUUUGAAUUUUACCCCACUCUCCCCUACGUAUCUAGUUUCGUAGCAAUGUUAGAUGUUCUUGUUACAGUAAAAAUAAACACCUUCAUCUAAUUAACCGUUCGCAAACAUAUUCUCAGGAAUAUGGUUUAACAGUGAUAAGCGAAGCAUUCUAAACUAACCACUGUUAAUUAGAAUUUUUCAAAAAGAUGUGCAUACACGCUACAAAAUCAAGGUCUUGGAUAUUGAUUUUUUGGUACUUGGGAAAAGGCGCGAGCACCGAGUUUCCAGAUGAAGCUCCAUUCCCCCCAGUACUACAACAUUACUGGACCGACUGAAUCUUCUUUCCUGAAAGUGUGAUCUCCUGACUUUGACAAUGACUGCGUCUUUUUGAUCGUAUACCCUGUUGCACUGCCCCGAAAAUAGGAUUAUUUCUUUUGUGGGCCAUAAAGAAGGUCAUUCAGAUCCUGUGAGAAUCUCAACCAUGUUCAAAUGGCACCGUUUGAAAAUUAUACCGAUUUGGGAGAUGCCGCCGGACCACCGACUGCCAGCUCCAUCAUCAGAACAACUAAUCCACCCCCGGUAUUCAUUCCACCCUUUUUCAGGCAGACGACUUUGUCACCUGGACAUGAAGCCAUUUUGGAAAUGCACGCAAAUAGCUCGGCAAACGCCAUCAUUUAUGUUCUGAUUGUCUUGGCUAUCUACGUUUUGGCGAUGACCCUUGUUAUUAUCAAAUAUGUACGCUCUGAACGAUACGAAGCUAGGCUGACCCGAUUGUUCCACAAUCUGAUGCAAAGAGACAGGUUCUUUCGGCUCUCCAGAAGACGGUCAUCUCUCCCCAAAUGUGUCCCAACUAUCAAUGGCAACGACCUGGAAUUGUCACCUACCAAUCCAAUCCCUGAAAUUAGUGCCACUCUUUAUACCUCAGACACAAACGAUGACAUACAAGAAGAGAGCAAAGUCUGAAAAUUUGCUAUCUUCCUUUCCCCCCCCCCUUUCCAUCAAUCGUCAGUUGCGAUACUCUUUGACGGCCACCAAUGAUAUACAAGAAAAAAACGAAAAUCUGGAAACCUACUCUCUUUUUCGUUUUCAUUGACUGUCGGUUAUGGAACUCUUUGAUGGCCACCAACGAUAUACAAGAAGAAAGCGAAAAUCUGAAAACCUACUCUCUUCUUCGUUAUCAUCAACCGCCGGUUAUGGAACUCUUUAAUGGCCAAAAUGACAUAUAAGAGGAUGGCUAAGUCAGAAAACCUGCUCUCUUUUUCGUUUUCAUCAACUGUCGACUGCAUAACUCUUUUAUACAUGGCCACCAACGACAUACAAGAAGAAAGAAAGUCUAAAAACUUGCUCUCUUUUUUAUUUUUGUCCAUAGUCAAUUAUGGAACACUUUGAUGGCCGCCAACGACAUACAAAACGAAACCAAAAGUCUUUAAACUUACCUUUUUUCUUCUCCCCUUCCAUCAAUUGUUAGCUAUUUUAAUUGUUGAUGACCACCACAAGAUGCCGCAAAAUGUGUGACGAUACUAAAAAGAUUUCUAUUCAGGAAACAAUAAAUCAGAAAUCUUUUAGUGAGUUUCCUCUAAUCCCUAUGAAUUAUUUACAAAAACGAUAAAAUAUCUAAAGUUUUGCAACUAUAUUGGAACAAUGCAAGUCUUUGAUGUGGCGAUUUGAGAGAGCUUUGAAUAGCAUGAAAUUGAUAAUGAUUUCAAAAAAGAAAAUUGCAUCUUAGAGGUUAUAUUUCACUUUUUUAAUUGAUUUCUUAAUUUUGAUAAUUAAACUAACAAGGAUCCACUCAGUUAUCACCACUACGUUUAUGAUAAAUUUGUCACUUUCGUCACCUGAAACAUAUGUGUAUCACUAGGUCUGUCAUAUUGCAAAGAUUAAUUAUUCAUGUUUUACAAACAAACUUUGCAAAAACAUGACUGUUAAAAGACAAUUUUUUAUGUUAUAUAUUCGUCUUAGCACACAAUUAACAUCACUGCAAAAACAUCUCUUUUUAUAUUUGUGAAAACAACCUGCGUCUUGUAUAACAAAAUGUUCAAAAUCUUUUAUUGUAAGAUAAACAAAAAUAUUAUAGUAUUCAAGGAAUUGGCGCGAAACAAAAGUCGCUUCUUGGAGUAUUAAUAAUUUACAGCGGGGGAGGGGGGGCUAGAAUAUUUGCGAAUAGAGUUUGGUAAAUUAUUUUUCAUAGUUGUUCAAACUACAACUAAGUCUAAUGUCUUAGGGUUCAAGAGAAUGUUGCUCGGUCUUGUUUUACGAAAGCAAAGUCCGUUGCCUCUGAAGUGAACAUCUCGUCUCUAAGCCAGAAUUCUCGAAUGCCUCUUCGUUGUUAGGAAACAGAUUAUCUUUUCGUUGGUCAAAACUUGGAUAAAUAUCGAAUAUUUUUCUCUUUUGUGAACCUCUUAAAAACUAAAGUUUAUCAGACUGUUAUACCAGGCCUGUUAUGUCAGACUGCAUUAAUCUGCAUGGUAUAUCCAAAAACAACUACAUUACGAUUUAAGUGACCCUAGCAAGGUUAUGCAUACAUCUCAUAGCAUUUUUAAAAGAUGAAGGGCCGACUCAUCGCCAAGCAAACCAAACACUUUGUCUUGUGCUGUCAUUAUUAAGGAGCAGUUCGUAACAUGUGAUAACGUGACAUGUCCAUCACAAGAAACAGGGUACACUCCUGGUCACGCUAUAGAAAUCUCUGCAGUUUCAGUGGAGGUAACAGUAGGCAGUCGUUCUGGUCUGGUAUUUAAAAUCAUUGUUAUCUUCAAAGAAUAUAAAGUUCAGAAUGGCUGCAGUUAAAGCGAGACUGAUGAAUAAAAAUGAACAAUCUACUUAUAUGAACAACCUGCAACACACAAUGCAUUGUUAAUGUGCCAAUGGUAUCUUAAGUGUUCAAAGACCUAUUAUAUCCAACUCAACUAUGCACUAAUCCCGUCCAUUUAAAUGUGAAUUGUUGUAUACAGCACUACACAUAUUGUAUGCAAUUUUUUGUAUACAGUAGAAGUAGGUAAACUGUUAGAUAUAGAGAGUGUAAAAAAAGGUGUUUUUAAAAAGAAGUAUAAAGGUUUUAAUGUUGCA